GCAUAUUACACUGUUUUCUUUUCCUGCUAGUGUUUGGAAGAGCAAUACAUGCCAUAGCACGUAUUAGUGAUGAAUUUUGGUUUGACCCCAUAGAAAAAGGUCUUGCCUUAAGAUCAGUGAAUUCUUCAAGGUCAGCAUAUGCGUAUGUCUUCUUCUCAUCUAUGUUUUUUCAACAUUACUGCUGGACAGCUGUGUCUCAACCAUGUCAGAAGGAAAAACGGUUAUCCCUGCCAUUCAGUUCUUCCUGUAUUUAGAUGUGUAAAUGUCCUGGAAAGGAAUGUAGAGAAAUGCAGCAUUUAUACAAAUAUUAACGAUCAUCACAUAACGUUUCAGCUCCUCUGUAAACAUGGUGUUGUAAAAACAUAUAAUCUGACGUUUCAAGAAUGUGAUCCGUUGCAGGCUGUUUUUGCAAAGCACAUGUGUCCAAAUAUACUUAAAGUUCACUCCAGGCUGCUGGCUGAUAUAAUGAUUCACUUUCCAACCAGUCAAGAAGAAGUGACCUUAUCAGUUACUCCAAUAAAAGUUUGUUUCAAGAGUUACACUGAGGAAGACACUGAUUUUUCAAAGACAAUGCUUACUGAAAUACAACUAAACCCAGAGGAAUUUGACUACUUUCAAGUUGGAAUAGAUUCUGAAGUGACGUUUUGCCUUAAAGAAUUGAGGGGACUACUGGCAUUUUCGGAAGCUACCAGUGUUCCUGUCUCAAUCCAUUUUGAUGUAUCUGGAAAACCAAUUGCUUUCAGCAUUGAAGAUAUGGUGCUGGAAGCCAGCUUCAUUUUGGCUACCUUGUGUGACAUCGCAAAGGAGACGGCAUCCCAGCAGCCUCCCUGCUUUUCACAGUGGCAGGAAAGUUCGAAACCACGUGCGGGUAAAUCUGAAAAAACCUCCAUGGACAAGGACAGCAACGCAGCAGCACUUGCUUCCAAAAAGCCACAAUGGAAUGGAAACGCGCCCAACACCGAGCCAGCGAAACCUGCGAGUCCUUUGGCAAAACAAGAGGUUAAAAAUAGUCCCAGAGACACAAAGAGAGAGAUGGCCAGCAUAGAAGGAGCAGCCCUGACCGAGGCAGAGGACCACCCAAUGCUGGAAGGAGAGGCAGCAGAGUCCCAGUCUCAGAAGUUUCAUUCCUUAUUUUUUGGAGCAGUUUCUUGUACGGAGAAGGAUGCCAUCAGUCACACCUUCCAUAGCUUAGCAACAGCUAGCGACACUGAAGAGGACUUCGGCAGCUCCCAAGUUCUCUAGUGACACAGCGCGUUUGAACCCAAGUGAAGACUAUCGGGGGUUGCCCUGAAAGAUAGAAGUGUAUUUGACAUGGUAAUUGCGGAGCUGGUUCUAGGUCUAGAAAGACGUUAAAUCGCAGUUCUUCAGCAAGCCAGAACUCGAUGGAAAAUGUUUGUGCGGGGAACGGCAUUUCACAAACACCCAUUCAGAGAGUCGGGGAAGGGGAAUGUUUGCUGUUCGUGUUUAACCACCAGCACUGGGCACUCUAACACUGCUAGAUGCUGUCAUGAUGCAAUAUAAAUUUAGGUCAUGGUUAACUAGAUUUGAGCUUCACUUUGGACGUUCAGCUCUCCAGUACCUUCUCACCAGAGAAUUCAAACUGGGUUAUCACUUCAGGCAAAUUAAGCUGCUGUUGUGAGGUUCAAAGUGCUGGAAAAAUAAACCCAUCCAAACACGUUAUUGCUAUAGAAUAGCUGGUAUUU